AUGCUGGGAAAAAAGGCUCUGGAGGGUAUUGCUGCGUACAAGUACAAAGCGGGAUCGUAUACGUACUUGGACAAUGUGCUUAAUCGAUUUUGGACUUAUUCAGUGCAGUUUCUGCCUAUUUGGAUGGCACCUAACCUUGUGACAAUGAUUGGUGCGGGAGUCAUGAUGUUUACUACAGUAGUGCAAUUGUACUACGCACCGCAUUUCUCGGAGAUUUGCCCUACUUGGGUCUACAUCCUGUCGGCUUUAGGAUUGUUCUUCUACCAGACGAUGGAUGCGCUGGACGGCAAACAAGCCCGUCGCACGGGCGCGUCAUCCCCGCUUGGCCAACUGUUUGACCAUGGCUGCGAUGCAUUGUGUACGUUAUUUAACGUCUUGAGUGCUGCUUCCACGUGCCAACUUGGCGCCGGCUUGUUUACGUACAUUGCGCUGUCAUCGGUGUCUAUCACAUUCUACCUGGCGCAAUGGGAGGAGUACCACACGGGCGUAAUGAGCUGUGGUAAUGGCUUCUUUGGCGUCACUGAAGGGCAGUUGGUGUUGGUGGCAGUUCACUUGGUUGCGGCUUUGUUUGGAGCAGGCUUUUGGACGACAAAGCUGCCGAUAUUCUCCGUGACUAUGACGGACGUCUUGCUUGGUGCACUUGUAGCUAGCAACGUCUUGCUAGCAUACGGCAAUAUCUCCAAAGUGCUGCAGGCGGCUCCUAAUGCAAUUCCGCGUGACGAGUUGGGCAACAAGCACAUAUCGAAGCCAGUUGCUCUCGUCCAACUAGUCCCUCUUGGCAUUCUGUUGGUUUUGGGCUCCCUUUGGAUUUGUGGCCCUGACGCAAAAAACUACGAGCAUUACCCAGUCUUGCUCUUGUUUUCUAUAGGCAUUGGCUAUGUGUUUUUAUCGACGCGAAUGAUCAUGAGCCACAUGUGCAAGAUUCCGUUCUCUCCUCAGCUGCGUGUUAUUAUCCCAUUCAGCUUCGUUAUCUUUAACGCCUACGGACCUGCAUUGGGAAUUUUGUCGAAACCGCUUGUUCCAACCAUUGUGGCAUCGUCACUGUAUAUGGUAUUCAUCGUGGUCGUUUACCUGCACUUUGUGUCUGGUGUAAUCAAAGACAUCUGUGACUUUCUCAAUAUCUUCCUUUUCAAGAUCAAGUCGGUGGAAGCGAGCACCGAAAAAUCAAAGCAGGUUUAA